AUUAAAAAGUCAUCAACUGAGGCUUAAUAAAACUGAGACAAUUCAGUUUUUGUAAGAAGCCAUUCAUUAUAAAAGGGUAAAACCCAGAAGCACUUUGCUUAUUAUGGAACCAAAACUUGAGGUGAAAAGUGGAGCAGGUGUACAAGAUGUUUCUGAAUUUCUCUAUAGUCGUGCUAAGUGUUUUCACAACCAUAUUAGCGGAACGUGUUUUUAUGUCAGAAAAACCCCCUUUUUUCAAACACUGCACCUCCGAUAUGGCAGACUACGAAGACUGUUAUAAGAGUAAUCUGCAAUCGAUGCUCGUUGAAUACAAAGAUGGUAUACCCGGGCUGCCGGAAGCAGGUGCCUUCGAACCGAUACGCAUACGUCACUUACGCAUUGAACAAGACGAGCUGAGCUUACGGCUGUACAACGUUACAGUUCAUGGCAUCAGCACGGCAAAUAUUACGAAAAUUCGGUAUGACCCCAACGACUACAGUUUCCGUGCUCGCGUAUUACUGUCUGAGCUGCAGAUCAAAACGGACUUUCGCGCGCACGGACGUUUGCUCUUCCUGCCCAUUAAUAACAGUGGAAAAUUAACGCUGGAAGCAAUGGCUGUAAAAUUGUCGUUUCUCUUUACACUGCAGCUGCAGGACGAUGGCAAUCGAACUUUUGCCGACCCACGCACGGUGCGAAGUAAAAUCGUUGAAAUUGGCGAUUUCCAUUUGAACUUGGAGAAUUUCUUGGACGGCAACACGGAGCUGGAAGGCACAAUUAAUGAACUGCUCAAUGCACUGUGGCGCGAUGUAAUCGAGGUACUGCGGCCAACAUUGGAAAAUGCUAUAAACGCUGUGGCAUUGACACGAUUGAAGAGUGUACUGAAUUUCAUACCAGCAAACUAUUUCAUAUCGGAUGUGCCGAGCGCUGCAGAGUUAUAUGCGGAUGCCGUAGCGAAUUAGCUGCCGAUUUUUAAUAAAAAAAAAUAUAAAAAACAAGAAACCAUUAGAAAGAAGUUAAUUAGAAGAAGAGAUUCUCAGGGUGUGUCCUAAACACUGGAUUCAAAAAGUAGAAGAAAGGGUAUUAAAUAAAUGUCCUACCUAUCAAGCUGCAAUAGCGUUUAUUUGUCGUUUGAUUUCUUUAACUGAGCUAUAUUUAAAAUAAUUUAUUACUAUGUACAUUAAGCCAAGAAAAUACCCGGAAAUUGUAAAGAAUCAUUGCGAGUCUCGGAAUAGAUUUACGUUGAUUCAGUUUUAUCAAAAGCACAAGCCUACGAGUGGUACAAAGCCUGCAAAGACGAUCGAGAAAUCGUUGAAGACAUGCCUCGUUCUGGACAACCUUCGACCUCUUCAACUGACGGGUGUUAGAGAGAUGGCGAAAAGAGCUCGAUACUUCUCGCGAGUCCGUUCGAAUUUUGGUGGAGAUUUUGGGUAUGAAACGCGUUUUUGCUCGACUCGUCCCGUGACAAAAUUUGAAGCCAAAAACACCAUGAAUAUCAUCGUUCAACCAACAGAUUCGUCAAAUUUGCCUCCGUGUGAUUUUUUCUUGUUCCACAGACUGCAUGAAACUCGUUUUCAAUCGAACAAAUAAUAAAACAAAAUUCGUUGAAGGAUCUAAAGGCCAUCCCAAAAAGUGCUUAUGAGAAGUGUUUCAAGGACUGGAAAAAUCGUUUGUAUAACCGUAUAACAUCUU